CACACGCUCACUCUCUCACGCACACACUCAGCGCAGGUCAGUCACUUGGCACCGACUACACACCGGUUCUCCCUCAUCGGAACUCACUCAGUGGAUGUGACCGACUGACUGAGCUCUUGUUUUGGGGGUUUGUUUUUUUUUCUUGUCUUUUUCAUUUGUUCUUCUUCUUCACGCUCCAGAGCAGCGAUUAAAAACAUCACCGGGGUGAACGCGUCUCAACUCUCCCCUCCACCCCGCCGCCGACGGGGGGAAAUGACAAGCGAGAGACCGGUGGCAAUGCCGGGCUCCGUGUCGCUCUCGGACCGACAACCUCCGCCAGGUCACGGGCAGCACGCGACUGCUGUCUCCGGUGAGACAGGGACGAUGUCCGCCUCGGGUCCAGUGCUCUUCCCGGCUGGGAUUAUCAAUCCAUCGGUUCCAAUCCGGAAUAUCAAAAUGAAAUUUGCUGUUCUAAUCGGACUGAUCCAGGUUGGAGAGGUUAGCAACCGGGAUAUUGUGGAAACGGUGCUGAAUUUGUUGGUCGGUGGUGAAUUCGACAUGGAGGCAAACUUCAUUAUCCAGGAUGCAGAAAGCAUUGGUUGCAUGGUGGAGCUGCUGCAGAACUGUGACGUCACCUGUCAGGCUGAAAUCUGGAGCAUGUUCACGGCCAUGCUCAGAAAAAGUGUCAGAAACCUGCAAACAUGCACCGAGGUCGGCCUCAUCCAGCAGGUGCUGCUCAAAAUGAACUCAGUGGAAGACAUGAUUGCAGACUUGCUAGUGGACAUGUUGGGAGUGCUAGCCAGCUACAGCAUCACAGUUAAAGAACUGAAGUUGCUCUUCAGCAUGCUCCGAGGGGAAGGAGGCCUCUGGCCGAAGCACGCUGUCAAAAUGUUGUCAGUGUUGAAUCAGAUGCCCCAGAGACACGGUCCAGAUGCCCUCUUCAACUUCCCUGGUCGCAGUGCAGCAGCCAUUGCUUUACCUCCUAUUGCCAAGUGGCCUUAUCAGAAUGGGUUCACGUUCAACACCUGGUUCAGAAUGGAUCCCUUGAAUAACAUCAACGUUGACAAGGACAAACCAUACCUCUACUGCUUUCGCACAAGCAAAGGCAUUGGCUACUCUGCACACUUUGUUGGUAACUGCUUGAUUGUGACAUCACUCAAGUCUAAAGGGAAAGGUUUCCAGCAUUGUGUGAAGUAUGAUUUUCAGCCAAGGAAGUGGUACAUGAUCAGUAUCGUUCACAUCUACAGCCGCUGGAGAAACAGUGAAAUCAGAUGCUACGUUAAUGGACAGCUUGUUUCUUACGGAGACAUGGCAUGGCACGUCAACACAAAUGAUAGUUAUGAUAAGUGCUUCCUCGGGUCCUCUGAGACAGCGGACGCUAACAGAGUAUUCUGCGGGCAGCUGGGAGCCGUCUAUGUGUUCAGUGAAGCCCUCAAUCCUGCACAGAUAUUUGCAAUUCAUCAGCUUGGGCCAGGCUACAAGAGCACAUUUAAGUUCAAGUCAGAGAGUGAUAUCCACUUAGCAGAGCAUCACAAGCUGGUGUUGUAUGACGGCAAGUUAGCCAGCUCCAUCGCCUUCACGUAUAACGCCAAGGCCACUGACGCUCAGCUCUGCCUGGAGUCCUCGCCUAAAGAAAACGCCUCCAUCUUUGUGCACUCACCACACGCCCUCAUGCUACAGGAUGUGAAAGCCACAGUGACUCACUCCAUCCACAGUGCCAUCCACUCCAUCGGUGGGAUCCAGGUGCUGUUCCCCCUCUUUGCUCAGCUCGACUAUCAUCAGCUGAAUGACAGCCAGGUGGAAACCACUGUUUGUGCCACUCUCCUGGCAUUUCUUGUUGAGCUGCUCAAGAGCUCCGUGGCCAUGCAGGAGCAGAUGCUCGGGGGAAAGGGCUUUUUGGUGAUUGGAUACCUGCUAGAGAAGUCAUCACGUGCCCACAUCACCAGGUCUGUACUAGAGCAGUUCCUCUCCUUUGCGAAGUAUCUGGACGGUUUGACACAUGGGGCACCAGUACUGAAGCAGCUGUGUGACCAUAUCCUGUUCAACGCUGCCAUCUGGAUCCACACCCCUGCCAAGGUACAACUCUCUCUCUACACAUACCUGUCCGCUGAGUUCAUUGGCACGGCAACCAUCUAUAACACAAUUCGUCGAGUGGGCACAGUGCUUCAGCUCAUGCAUACGCUUAAGUACUACUACUGGUCCGUCAACCCUGCAGACAGCAGCGGCAUCGCACCAAAGGGUCUCGAUGGUCCAAGGCCGACCCAGAAAGAAAUUAUUUCUCUGCGGGCGUUCAUGCUUCUCUUCCUCAAGCAACUCAUCCUGAAGGACCGAGGUGUGAGGGAAGAUGAGCUGCAGAGCAUCCUGAACUAUUUGUUAACAAUGCAUGAGGAUGAGAAUCUGCAUGAUGUGUUGCAGUUGGUGGUAGCACUCAUGUCUGAGCAUCCAGCCUCUAUGAUCCCUGCUUUUGACCAGAGAAAUGGAAUACGGGUGAUCUACAAGCUCAUGGCCUGUAAGAGUGAGAGCAUUCGAGUACAAUCCCUCAAAGUCCUAGGGUAUUUCCUAAAGCACUUGGGCCACAAGAGGAAGGUGGAGAUCAUGCACACACACAGCCUCUUUACUCUCUUGGGAGAGAGGCUCAUGCUGCACACCAACACUGUGACGCUGACAACCUACAACACUCUAUACGAGAUCCUGACAGAGCAGGUGUGCACGCAGGUUGUUCAUAAACCUCAUCCAGAGCCCGACUCCACUGUCAAGAUUCAGAACCCAAUGAUCCUCAAGGUAGUAGCAACCUUACUGAAGAACUCUGCCAACAGUACAGAGCUGAUGGAGGUGCGGCGACUCUUCCUUGCAGACAUGAUCAAACUGUUUAGCAACAGCAGAGAGAACAGACGGUGUCUUCUUCAGUGCUCUGUUUGGCAGGACUGGAUGUUUUCUCUUUGCUACAUUAACCCCAAAAACUCUGACGAGCAGAAGAUCACUGAGAUGGUGUACAACAUCUUUCGUAUUCUCCUCUACCAUGCCAUCAAGUAUGAGUGGGGAGGAUGGCGAGUGUGGGUGGACACGCUCUCUAUAGCCCAUUCUAAGGUGACAUUUGAGGCACAUAAAGAGUACUUGGCUAAGAUGUAUGAAGAAUAUCAACGUCAGGAAGAGGUGAACAUUAAGAAAGGGAUAAAGGGGCUGGUCAGCACCAUCUCUGGUCUAUCUGCUCAGGCAUCUGGCAUCCAAGGUGCAAUUGAGAUCAGAGAAAUGGACGACAACUCCCAGACACCUGAGAGUGAGACAGACUUUCAGAGUGCAGACUCACGCAACCUGCUGGCUGAAGGGAAGGGGCCAGAGGAGGGUCUGAGCGGAAUGGAGGGUGUGGUCGACGGGGUCAGGGUCGAAGUUCACGACCUCCUGGUGGAUAUCAAGGCUGAAAAGGUGGAAGCCACUGAGGUUAAACUGGAUGAUUUGGACUUGUCGUCUGAAACUCUGGGAGUAUCUGAGAAUGGAUCACUGGUGGAGGUGGAUUCACUGUUGGAUAAUGUUUAUUGUGCUGCUGUGGAAAAGCUCAGCAGUAAUGGCAACAGCCUGCUGUUGCCAAAGAGCAGCGUGGACAACCAAAAUGCAACCCCUCUCAUUACACUCGAUGAUGACAGGGACAUUAUCGAUAAUGACAACAACUUCCUGUUUGGCAAGGUGACAGCCAGCAUGGAGGACAAGCUACUGCCUGAUCUCAGUCCAGCUGAGCCUGUGGUCCUGCCCAGCCAAGAGCCUCCUGUGCACGCCAGCGCCAGUGAUGAACUGGGCCUUCUAGCUCACAUGACAGGCAGCUCUGAGCUUGGCUCCUUACCUAUUAUCCUGGAGAAGGAUGAGUUUGAACUGCAGGCAGCCUUGGAGGGCAUCAGCUCUGUGGCCAGUACUGAGACGGAAGCUUCAUCCAAAAGCCCGGAGGUCAGUAAGGGAACAGCUGCAGUGGCAUCUGACGGGGAGCCCUCGGCUGGUAAGACCAGCAGCACAGCAGAUGCCACAAGCAACGCUUCUGACACAGAGCGAUCAGAUGAUGGCAAAGACAAGGAGAUAAAGAAGAUUCAGACAACAGCCACCACACAGAAUCUACACAGCCGCCAUGCUACUCAUAUGGAGAGGGACAUACGUGUGGACCUCGGCUUCAGGGGCAUGCCCAUGACAGAGGAGCAGCGGCGUCAGUUCAGCCCUGGCCCAAGAACAACUAUGUUCCGCAUCCCAGAGUUCAAAUGGUCAACCGUGCACCAGAGGCUGCUCACUGACCUGCUGUUUGCACUGGAGAGUGACGUCCAUGUCUGGAGGAGCCACUCUACCAAAUCUGUCAUGGACUUUGUUAAUAGUAAUGAAAACAUAAUUUUUGUCCACAACACUAUCCACCUCAUUUCACAAAUGGUUGACAACAUCAUUAUUGCCUGUGGAGGGAUUUUGCCUCUUCUCUCAGCGGCCACCUCUCCUUCUAGUGCCAAGACUGAGUUGGACAACAUCGAGGUGACACAGGGAAUGUCCUCGGAGACCGCUAUCACUUUCCUGUCCCGUCUCAUGGUGAUGGUGGACGUGUUGGUGUUCUCGAGUUCCCUCAACUUCAGUGAGAUCGAGGCUGAGAAGAAUAUGUCCUCUGGUGGCCUGAUGCGUCAGUGCCUCAGACUCGUGUGUUGCGUGGCUGUUAGGAACUGUCUAGAGUGCAGGCAGAGACACAGAGACAGGGGAAGUAAGUCUUCCAUUCCCAACAACAACAAGACUCAGGAAAUCCUGCUGAAUGCUUUGACUUCCAGCAAGACAGCCAUAGAGAUUGUCCCUUGUAACCUGUCUCCCAUCAAGGACCCGGAUCGCCUUCUGCAGGAUGUAGACAUUAAUCGUCUGCGAGCUGUGGUGUUUCGUGAUGUGGAUGACAGUAAGCAAGCCCAGUUCCUGGCUCUAGCUGUGGUGUACUUCAUCUCUGUCCUCAUGGUGUCCAAGUACCGCGACAUCCUGGAGCCCCAGCGGGAGACUGCCAGGAUAAGCAGCCAUUCAGGCCACAGCAUGCGUCAGGAGAUCAACUCACCGACCAGCACAGAAACACCCCUAGCAUUCAGCAGCAGUAAGGAUCAUCUUGGACCAUCAGAGAACCUCCACAUAGAGAGCUCUCUCCCCCGCACGGACUCUGGGAUUGGAGAGGAGCACGUAGCCAGCAUCCUUAAUGGGUCUGACCCAGAUCACGGCGCUGGAGGGCCGGACGCUGUGGGCGAGCAGAUAUCAACCUUGUCCUCAGAGGUGAAGAAGUCCAGGGAGAGUCUGUCUGAACCACCUACCGUGGAGAUGCAGAAACUGCCCUCCUCCAUCAGCAGCAUUAGCCAGCCCAACAAGGGCAUCAGUGUCAAGGACAUUCUGAAGAGCCUGGUGGCGGCUCCAGUGGAGGGAAUGGAGACUGGGCUGGAGCCGGUGUCCUACCCAGACCCUGCUGCCAAAGCCCAGGCCCAGGCCAUGUUGCCCAUGCAGUUUCACUCCUUUGACAGGCAGCUCUCGCAGGGUCAAGCUCACAGCAUCAUCUUUAACCCUCGCUCGAUCAGAUUGCAUGUGAACGGAGGUCUGCUGGUGUCUUAUUUGAAGCGGACUAUGAAGUAUCCACUACGCCAGGGACUUGCACCUCCUGAGCUCCAACCCUUUAGCUCCCUGACAGGAUUGCAUGCAGCCUCCAGAGGUGCAGGCCAGUGUCUUAGCAUCACUACAAAGCUGGAGAGGGCCCUGGAGAAGGUAGCACCCCUGCUGAGAGAGAUCUUUGUCGACUUUGCACCUUUCCUAUCACGCACCCUGUUGGGUAGCCAUGGUCAAGAGUUGCUGAUAGAAGGUCUAGUGUGUAUGAAGUCGAGCACUUCAGUGGUGGAGCUUGUGAUGCUGCUUUGUUCUCAGGAGUGGCAGAACUCCAUUCAGAAGAACGCUGGUUUGGCCUUCAUUGAGCUAAUCAACGAAGGGAGGUUGCUCUGCCACGCCAUGAAGGACCACAUAGUGCGGGUCGCCAAUGAGGCUGAAUUCAUCCUGAACAGACAACGAGCGGAGGACGUCCACAAACACGCAGAGUUUGAGUCCAACAGCGCCCAGUAUGCUGCUGAUAGAAAAGAAGAAGAGAAGAUGUGUGACCACCUGAUCAGUGCUGCUAAACACAGAGACCACGUGACGGCCAAUCAGUUGAAGCAGAAAAUCCUCAACAUCCUCACCAACAAGCACGGUGCCUGGGGGACGCUGGCCCAGAGUCAGCUGCACGACUUCUGGCGUCUGGACUACUGGGAAGAUGACCUGCGGCGGAGGCGGAGAUUUGUUAGAAACCCUUCUGGCUCCACCCACUUAGACAUCACGUGCAAGUCACUGCAGGAAUAUGGCUCGGUCGAGGAUGAGGUUGUCCGGUCUAAGAAGUCCGUCCGCAUCCAAACCGUGUCGAACCAGAACCCGGAGACGGAGCUGAUGCUCGAUGGAGACGAUGAUGCUGUCAGCCUGCUGCAGGAGAAGGAGAUGGACAACAUGGGGGGCCCCGUGGUUCUGAGCAGCCCGGCCCAGCUCGUCGCCCCUGUCCUGGUGGCCCGGGGGACUCUGUCCAUCACCACCACUGAGAUCUACUUUGAGGUGGACGAGGAUGACCCUGCCUUCAAGAGGGUCGACCCAAAGGUCUUAGCGUACACUGAGGGCUUACAUGGGAAGUGGAUGUUCAGUGAGAUCCGUGCAGUCUUCUCCAGACGUUACCUCCUCCAGAACACAGCAGUGGAGGUUUUCAUGGCCAACAGAACAUCGGUCAUGUUCAACUUUCCUGACCAGGCCACAGUGAAGAAAGUGGUCUACAGUCUUCCUCGUGUGGGAGUGGGCACCAGCUAUGGACUCCCACAAGCCAGGCGCAUCUCCCUGGCCACCCCUCGACAGCUUUUCAAAUCCUCCAACAUGACCCAGCGCUGGCAGAGGAGAGAGAUCUCCAACUUCGAGUACCUCACGUUUCUCAACACUAUUUCGGGGAGGACGUACAAUGAUCUGAACCAGUACCCUGUCUUUCCGUGGGUCCUCACCAACUACGACUCCGAGGAGCUCGACCUGACCUUGCCAGGGAACUUCAGAGAUCUCUCAAAGCCUGUUGGCGCUCUGAAUCCGAAGCGUGCGGCAUUCUAUGCUGAACGCUAUGAGACGUGGGAAGACGACCAGACACCGCCUUGUCAUUACAACUCCCACUACUCCACCGCUGCCACCGCCCUGCACUGGCUUGUCAGAAUUGAGCCCUUCACCACAUUUUUCCUCAGUGUCAAUAACAACAAGUUCGACCACCCUGACCGCACCUUUUCAGCCAUUACCCGCUCCUGGAGAAACUGUCAGAGGGACACCUCUGACGUAAAGGAACUGAUCCCCGAGUUUUACUACCUCCCGGAGAUGUUUGUCAACAGUAACGGCUACCACCUGGGAAUGAGGGAGGACAGGAGCAUGGUUUGUGACGUGGACUUGCCAGCCUGGGCCAAGAAGCCUGAAGACCUUGUUAGGAUAAACAGGAUGGCCCUGGAAAGCGAGUUUGUGUCAUGUCAGCUGCAUCAGUGGAUUGACCUUAUUUUCGGCUACAAGCAGCGAGGCCCGGAGGCGGUGCGCGCCCUCAACGUCUUUCACUACCUGACUUACGAGGGCUCCGUCAACCUGGACAGUAUCACUGACCCUUCGCUCAGAGAGCGCUCAACGGCGGGGACGGCGCCUUUUUUGGUGCUGUGGAAAGAUGGGAAGCGACCAGAGGGGUAUUGGGGGCAACUGUUUGGCUUGCAGGUGGCCUGUCCUAAUCCAGCAUCACCUCCGAACGUCCCGUGUCACAUCGCUCACUGUGGCAUGUGCUACCCAAUGGGUGCUUUUGAUAGUCUCCGAGGAGCACCAGGCUACUCUCUGGAGCAGGCCCAUCACUUACCCAUUGAGAUGGAUUCUCUGGUUGCCAACAGCACUGGAAGCAACAAGCGUCAGAUCACAGACCUGGUGGACCAGAGCAUCCAAAUCACCACACACUGUUUUGUGGUGACAGCUGACAACCGUUACAUCCUGGUGUGUGGCUUCUGGGACAAGAGCUUUCGUGUGUACUCCUCCGAGACAGGAAAGUUGACCCAGAUAGUUUUUGGCCACUGGGAUGUGGUUACGUGUCUGGCCAGGUCAGAGUCUUACAUCGGAGGAGACUGCUACAUCGUCUCUGGGUCCAGGGACGCGACCCUGCUGCUGUGGUACUGGAGCGGGCGGCACCAUAUUAUCGGUGAUAACCCCAGUAACACCGACUACCCAGCUCCACGAGCAGUCCUGACCGGUCAUGACCAGGAAGUUGUGUGUGUGUCAGUCUGUGCAGAGCUGGGCCUGGUCAUCAGUGGAGCCAAAGAGGGUCCAUGUCUGGUCCAUACCAUCACAGGGGAUCUGCUACGGGCUCUGGAGGUGCCGGAUCACUAUCAACGCCCGCGGCUCAUCUCUGUGUCCAGCGAGGGCCACUGCAUCAUCUACUACGAGAGGGGCCGCUUCUGCAACUUCAGCAUUAAUGGAAAACUGCUGGCACAGAUGGAGGUCAAUGAUUCCACCAGGGCUAUUCUCCUGAGCAGCGACGGCCACAACCUGGUGACCGGAGGGGACAAUGGCGUGGUGGAGGUGUGGCAGGCUUGUGAUUUCAAACAGCUCUACAUCUACCCGGGGUGUGACGCCGGUGUCCGAGCCAUGGACCUAUCACAUGAUCAAAGGACUUUAAUCACAGGCAUGGCGUCCGGCAGUAUCGUGGCAUUUAAUAUUGAUUUCAAUCGGUGGCACUAUGAGCAUCAAAACCGCUACUGAGGAGACAGAACUAUGCAGCGGGAGGCAAAUAUGCAGAGAGGAACACCUGCAGCCAGUGAGCGGACCACAGACCUGAGAGGUGCUCCAGUGGUUUGGACAACAUCUGCACGGCGAAGAUAACAAAGAACAGUGUGCUCACGUGAACUUGUUGCCAUUUGUCGGUUUGCAUAACAAUCUGAACACAGUUACCUGAGCACCAGCUGAACGUAGCCAAACACAUCUGUUGUUGUGGACGAGGAGAGACUGAGAUCAACUUAAGUAAA